CUGCUUUCUAUGACAUUUCUUGGCGCUCUAGGGAAGAUUCGAUUCCGAUCGAUCGUUCCAAUUCCUUCCUUUCGCAAUUCCUCGUGUUCUGAUUGGCUCUGUGAUGUAAACUGACGUUUCCAUUGUCUGUUCUUAACAUUGUUUGCAUCAACAGCGUACUGUCGAAAUGGCCGAUUCAUAAUGUUUGAUAUUAGAACAUGGCGAAACACUCCUUCAAUUCAACCUUGAAAGAUGGACAAAUCGCUGGAUUAUACGACUUGCAAGAAACGCUAGGAUGCGGUCACUUUGCUGUUGUCAAAGUUGCGAGACACGUUUUUACGGGAGAACGAGUUGCUGUGAAAGUGAUCGAUAAAACAAAACUCGAUGAGAUCUCUAGAGCACAUCUCGUCAAGGAGGUUCGAUGCAUGAAACUCGUCCAACAUCCAAAUGUGGUCCGAUUGUACGAAGUCAUCGAUACGCAAACCAAACUGUACCUUGUUCAGGAACUGGGCGAUGGUGGGGAUAUGUAUGAAUAUAUCAUGAACCACGAACAAGGCCUCUCCGAAGACAAAGCUCGCCAUUAUUUUCAACAAAUUGUUCUCGCCAUUGACUAUUGCCACAAACUGCACAUUGUACAUCGGGAUUUAAAGCUUGAAAAUGUGAUAUUCUUUAAGAGUUUGGAUGUUGCUAAGCUAACGGAUUUUGGUCUUUCGAAUAAGUUCUCUCCCGGUCAAAAGCUUGAUACUUCGUGUGGAUCGUUAGCGUAUUCCGCCCCCGAAGUUCUACUGGGAGAUUCGUACGAUGCUCCAGCAGUAGGUGAGUAUUUUUUAUCAUUUUUACUAUCAUCUCCGUGGGAUAAAAAGCUUUCCUCGAACAUUGCGUGCUCAUUUCCUAGCGGUUUUUUACCUUGCGUUAAUCUUAAUGAAUAAGGUUCGUCUUCACAUGUUUCAUCUAAUAACAUGCCUCUCUGUUCCAGAGUCAAGUUGAUAGAGGCUUUCAACAUGUAGCAGGAAAUUGUACAAUUUUGUUUGAUUUCGAAGCGGCUUCAAGAUUUUUUCGGUGUCCGAUUAAUGAUGGUAGUCUUUGCGAUUCUCCUAUGUCCAUCCAUAGGAAAUAGUUUCAUUCUAAGUCAAAUUAUGGAGGACAUUCGAAAAGCACGUUACUCGUGUCUGGAUAUAUUUACCUCUUUUGAUGUGCAUUAAAAUGCGAUGUAAUGAAUUCUCACACUUCAAAUUUUCAGCUUAACUCAGUUUUACUGCUCCUUCUCAGUAGGAGGUGAGCAUUCGAAUUUUACUGAGUAAUUGUGUGGAAAGUGUAUAGUAUUUGAUUGGCCAGUAUGAAGUUUCAAUUGCUAAGUCAUGCUUAAAAUAAUUUUUGAAAUUACUUUAGUUGAGAAUUACAUUGCAAUAUCGAGUGAUAUUUAAUCUUGUGUCAGAAUUUUGAUCACCGCCGGAAUCAGCACCUGGCCAGAGGAAAAAGAAUAAUAACAAUAAUUAGAAUAAUUCUCUGUCUCCACAUAAAUUUAAUUUUUCAUUCAUAUUAAGGAGCGAAAGGUUAACAUGUUUAGUUAUAGCAUUUUAAUAACACUUUUUGUUUCAGUUUUUUUGGUCGGUUUCGUGUUAUUUAUACAUCCAUUAGGUAUCAAAGAUUACAAUUUUGAAUGAACACAUUCUCAAUUUGAAACUGCUCUAUUUUAAUUUGUGAUAAUCGUUUGCAAUUUCAUCAAAUUUUUCAAGGUAGCUCUGCACCUAAUGUAUAAAUUCAUAAAAUGUUUACACUACAAAGGUAUUUGAAAGCAAUUGUUGACUCUUAGCAGUAAUAAUUAAGAUUGUGUCUGGAUUAUUUAGAAGUGUUGAUGACCUAUUCAGAGACUUUCUGACAAUUAAAUUUGAAAAAGGGAGAAUCAUUACAACCUUUGUCAUGUUCCUUACCAAGGAACUUUCUCAUAGAGGCUAAAACUGAUAUUCAUGAUCAUGCUUGCAUGUUUUCUUGUCACUUCUGGUUCUGAGUAUUGAUAUACACUGAUAUUAAAUCAUCAUAGUUUGUUUGCUCUGUUGUAUGGUUUCAGCGAGCUAAAGCUCAAUGUAAUAAUUGCUUACCCAGCGGCCAGAUGUUUCUUUAUAACUUGUCGAGUCUUUAGUGCAGGAGAUUCUUGAUUAAGUAAAGCCAUGAUCCUCACAGGAAAGGAGCCUGAUGAAAAUUCAGGCUUUGAUGAGAUUGGAACCUGUGUUUCCCAGAUAUUACUUGGGAGCUAUUACCAACUGAACUAUGAAGCCACAUGUUGGACGCAGGGCACAUUCCAGAGGGUUCUUCUUUCCUGUGGAGGGAUAUGGUACAAUUCUGAAAUUUAUUUCAUUAUAAACUGUAGUUUCUUGAUUGAUGAAAAAUGACAAGUUUCAGUCCCAGUUUAGAGAAAUUUCAAUGGUCAGAUUACAUUAUUAUUAUAGCCCUGUGGUGAUCAUUGUAGUUGGGAAGAAAAAAUUGUGGCAAUCAUUAUGGUGGAUUUAGAAAAAGGUUCUUAUGUUUAUUGCUGAUAGUUAUAUAGAUUUACCAUAUAACUGCUUAGGAAUUCUUUCCUUAAUUACCACAAAUUUCCUUGUAGGUAUUAACAUGUAACUUCUCACAAUUUGAUAAGUUAUAGUGUAAAGAGGUGAUGAAAAUAGAUAUGCUCAAGUGUUAGAGGGUAUCAUCUUGAUGUAACACCAAAUUCUCCUGUCUAAUUUACAAGGUUGUGUAAUACAGUCAGGAAGGAGAAUUACUCAUUGAAUCUUAGUUGAAAUACCAUAUUUCCUGAGGAAACAAGGAAAACCUGUGUCUGUUGCUACUUUGUAUAUAACUUUUUGAGUUUUAACUACAAUGGAAUCACUACAGGAAAAUAGUUCUUUUUUUGUGUGUGUCAAGUCACUUCUAGUUACUUCUAUCUCCAUGUGCUUGGUAUUGGAUCAACUUAUUAUCCCCAAAUUGGUAUUUUUCGUUAUUCUCAUCACUUACUUGGUUGAUAUUGUAUUGAUAUUGUAAGGAGAAAUUCUGUCUUGGUCACUCAUGGGAGUUAAAGAGUUAACUUCCCUGGAAUAAGUAGAACAUGUUUGGGCAAUGAACAGUGUAGUCUAUAAGGACCAGUAAUUUCUACAAUAAUCAAGUUAUUGGGGUGUGUUUGAAGAAAACAGUUGAAAAUGAAUAAGCACCCCCUCCCAUUGCAUAAGCACUCUCCACCCAAUAAGUGCCCUUCCUUUUAGCCAAAAUUUUGAAAAUACAGUAGUUAUUAUAGGUUUCUCUCUAAUAACAGGGAAAUUGUUAAAUGAUGAAUUGAAAGGCUCAGAGCAAGAACGACCCCUUGAUUUUUCGGCCAUUUUUGAAAGUGUUCAGAAGUAGUUGAAUUUUGGCAUGUGGACUUAGUUUUACUCGAUAUACACUGUUUUGGUUUUUUUUUCGCUGGUUUGCGCUUCGUUUUCGAGAAAUAACGUAUGCAAAAAACCUUGAAUUUCGUAGCGGCUUUCAUUGAAUGAAGCCGAAACAAAAGAAGCCUUUUGUUUCAUCAAAACAAUACAGCCCCCGAGAACUUGCAUAUUCAUAACUAGCUUAAAGAAAGAGCAUGUUUUUUGUUUUGAGUUUAAAACACCGUUUAGCAAACGUAAAAUAUCCUUGAACAAACUCGCACUACGGCAGAAUUGAAGACAAAACCAAAGAUACGUUGACAUAGCCAAAAGUUUAUACGAAAACGCUCCUGUCGAAUGCUUAUGCGAAGGAGUGCUGCAGUUUUAUUUCACAAUAAAAUUUAAGUUGCGUAAUCGAAUGUUCUCGUUGCACAGUCGGUUAGGCAUUGGACUCGCAGUCAGACGGUCGGUACGGCUCUUUUUUAACAAAUGUCUUUUUUUAUUGUCAUUGUCAUUAAUUAUUAAUGAUAAACUUUUAAUCCUAAAUGAAUGAUUUGAUUCAAAUUUUGUCUGUCUUAGAUGUUUGGAGCCUUGGAGUCAUUCUUUUUAUGUUAGUGUGUGGUCGCGCUCCCUUUUAUGAGGCAAAUGACAGCGAAACACUCAUCAACAUUAUGGAUGUUCGGUACAGUGUGUCUGGACAUGUAUCUCAGCCCUGUCAAAGGUAAAUGUUAACCCUAUUGUUAAUGAUGGUAAUUGGACUGAGUGGAGUCCAAUUUGGUCUGAGUGAUUAAUAAUUGAUUCCAUGAUAUUACAUAAUACUUAGAUAUUGUAAAUUUCAAUUACCGUAAUGUAUCUGUGAGGCCUUCUUAGGGUCAUUGUAACAUGCCUCUGAGGAAGGCACAGUAAACUUGUAGUUCAUCUCUUUCCCAAUCUAGUGUUUGGAAACUUGUUGAAGUGGAGGAGAAAGGUUGAGGAAGGGUGUUAAUCUCCAGGGGCAUAACCAGGGUUUUUUUCCUGGGAGGGGGGGAAUCAUUCUGUAUCAAACAGAUGGUACUCACCAUAUUCGUAUGUUUGACCUCAAUGCUGUGUUAUACUCAAUGUGACAAAAAAGGCUUGAAAUGCAGGGUCAUGGGACCCCCCCUUCCCCCCCACAUUCAUUAUGUCUUGAUUUCCACCAGUGUAACAUUUUGGAAACAUGUUAAAUUGAGGGGGGAGGUGGAUAGUUUGGGAUAGAGGUUAACCUCUACUGGUUAAGUGUUUAUGAAACAUGUUGGAAUGGUGUAAGAAGGGGGGGGGGGUCAAGAGAAGGGUAUUUGUGUUAACUUUAAGUGGGAGAACAGUUACCUAUACUAUUGUAGAUACACUGGUUCAAGCCAUGGCUGCUAUGUUGGGUACAGAGCAGACAUGGUGAGGCUCUUAUUGAUAAACAGGAAAGCAUUGACAAUGUUUUAUCAAUUGUUCACUCAAAUUACCAUGAUUGUGGUAAAUAAUAUGAAUUGUUUUGGUUUUCAUCUAAUCAAAUGCUAAACCAAAACACUUAAUUACUCCCAUUUUUAACUACACGAGGCCAAUAAUGUGUAUUUGCUUUGAGUUCCUUUUGGCUGCAUGUGAAAAUUACAUUUACCCUAACUGACUUUUGCAGUUAGUUGCUUAGCUUUAGGUUAAGUUUGGUGUUUUCAAACUGCUGGUAGUACACUUUUUUUUUGUUUCUUAAAGCUUUAAGUAAGAUUUGUUGUCAAUUUCCCUUGGAUUCUGCAGUUCUCUUAAGAGAAAUGAAUUACAAGUCUUCAACAGAUCCAACAAAAUUACCUAUACACAACAGGAAAUAAGCAAUUAUGGGUUAAAGUUUGCAAGGGAAAUAUGCAAUGAAAAUUUGCAAGAAGUUAGUACUUAGACCUCACAGUUUAGCAGAAAUUGAAAUUAUUGCAGAAAUAUGAACCAGAAAAAGGCCUUAACAAGGAGUGAACCUGUGCCUUGUAGAUUCCAGUUUGAGUCUAUUGCCAACUGAACUGCCACAUGACAUGCUGAGAGCUAUGCCAAUUUCAUAGGAAUUUUCACACCUGAAGGGAUCUGAUCAGUACCAUGGCAUGAAAUGACUAGGAGUAUUUCAACUCUUCCCUGGAUGGGCUGCCAGUCCAUUGCUAGGGUACCCCCUAGCAUUUCGUCAGGCUUCACUGACAGUUUACCAGUUCUCAUAUAUUCUCCAGGCUGGAGAGAGGUACCAUGAAAGCCAAGUGUUUUUGCCCAAGAACACAUCAAAAUAUCCUGGCCAUGUCUCCCACUGAUCAUAAAUAGCCCCAUCUCUCUAUUCUCUACAGCUUGAUAGAAAAAAUGUUGGUGAGAGAGCCAUACCAUCGCUGUUCAGUGGAGAGUAUAAUGGAGGAUCCUUGGUUCCAAGGGGGACAUCCGCCUGUACUUCCCACUCCUGUACCCUUGGUAACUGAACUACCCCUCACCCCUGAGGAACAUAAUUAUGUGGUGGAGAUCAUGGAAACUGGAAAAAUUGCAAAUAGGGAGAAAGUUAAAAAGUGAGUUAUGUUGCUGUUAUAAGUUGGACUUACCAGUACAUAAUUGAGUGCCCAAUUGAAGCAGCAUCAAGCACUGCAAUUUUGCAGCUGGUUAGGCCAAUUUUCAUAAAAGUAGAGCAUGGUCAACCAGCGCCUAGAAAGGGAACAAUAGCUAGUCAUUCUGUUAAAGAGUCUGAAAGUCACAGUCAGCCAGUCACUCAGGUAGUAAGUCAGUUAGGUAGCCAGUUAGUCAGUCAGGCAGUAAGGCAGUUAAGUAGUCAGUGAGUCAGGCAUAUGUCAGAUAGGUUGUCACUCGGUGAUUAAGUCAGUGAUGCAGUUAGUCAGUGAGUCAGUUAGUAUGCUAGGUAGUCAGUCAGUCAGUUAGUAGGCUAGGUAGUCAGUCAGUCAGUUAGUCUGUUAGGUAGUCGGUCAGUCAGUUAGUUAGUAUGCUGGGUAGUCAGUCAGUCAGUUAGCUGAUCACUCAGCCUGUCCACAGCCAGCUAGCCAGUCAGUCAGUAAGUCAGAUGCUGACGUCAGACACUGAUUUGGAACCCUGAUGAACAAACUAAUCGACAAACAGGAUAAUGUGAAAAGACAGACAAACUGACAAACGGACAGUAUCAGUCAUCAUGGACCGUGUUUUCAUAUCCUUCCCUUCCUUUUCCUUUUCACUCAAAUACUGACCUGCAAAGACAGACAUAGUUAAGGCACUAUAACUUUAAAAACCAUCUUUUUCACCCAAAAUUUAGUCUAUAUUUGUAUAUAACCUGCACAGGUCCCUGGAAGAAAACGCAUACGACCACAUAGCGGCCACUUACUAUUUGCUAGCGGAGCAGCUCUUAAGGCGUUUGAAAACAUCCCAUAAUAGUUUGAAGCCCUCUGUUCGAAGGAUCGAUGCGCGGCGAUCUUUGCCUGAGAACAAGCGACAGGAACCAACAGCAAGGUAGUGUAUCAAUAGGGUAAUUUAGUAUUAUCAACUGAGUUGAUAAUGUAAAAACUAAUUGGAAAACAAGAUACAAUCGCUCUGACGAAGGGUUAACGCUCGAAACGUCAGCUUUUAAAUUCUUUACGGUGACCAAUUUACGUUAUCAACUCAGUUGAUAAUACUGUUACCUUGUUUUACUCUCCCACCGACGCCGUACCACAGUUUCUUUAGAAACUUACCCCCUUUAUUGCAUCGAUAGUUUCGUAAUCAUUAACAGUAAAGCACGUGAAUCAAAUUGUGCACUACUCGAUUGAGUGCCCCAAAACCAAAGGAAACACAGCCGCUGACAAGAAAGAAAGACAUUGUUACUAACAGCAAAUGAGAAAUAAAAUGUUAAAAAGCCCUUCGUCAAAGAAAAGCGAACAGGUCAUUGGUUUUUUGCAUCUGACGAAGGACGGAGAAGUCCACAAAGCGCACCGGCCAAAACGUUAAGAGUUUCAAAGCUACGUUUCGAGUGUUAGCCCUUCGUCAGAGCGAAUCAUCUUUUGCUCUGACGAAGGACUAGCGCCCAAAACGUCAGCUGUGAAACUCUUUAUGGUGGCUUAUUCACAUUGUCAACUCAGUUGAUAAAACCAAAAUUAUCUUGUUAUACUCCCCCACCGACGCAGCACCACAGUCUCUUUAGAAUCUUACUCCCUUUAUUUGAGUCUCAGCCGUCCUCCGUCGUUCUUGAUAUAACAUUUACCGCAACAUUUUCCACCCUAGCAUCAGUGUGCGUAAUCACCAUACUGUUCUCCAUACAUUUCCCAAGGUGCUGACCGGGAGAACUUUUAACAGUCAAGAUAUUCUAUUCCGCUAUUCUUGUGACCUGAAUGUGUGAUUCGUAGCUGAUAUUAUAAGGAGAGAUCAGAGGCUAGUCCCUGUAAGAGGUCAAAAGGGUUUAAGCUGUUGACUUUUCAACCUCAAUAUGGCAACUUUCCCUCUUAAAACAAUCUACAAUAUGCCUUUUCAUAUCGAAUCUGGUGUUUUCCCUCAGCUCACCAGGCUUGGAAUUAAAAGGAGAUCAAGAGGACGAUUUGGAAACUCAGCUGGAUGGUAGUAGUUCAGGCUCGGGAUCUCCCAGGAUUCGUCGCAUUUCUUCUGGGAGACUGGCCCCAAGGGAAGGACAGAUGUUGAAUGAAACGAUCAAAACUCACGCCAUCGAGGCGGAAGAAAUUCUGCACAGUUCAAUGGAAGAAGAUGACCAUGUAGCUUCCGGAAGUCAUCACAAAACACAUGGAAAGUUUCACACGGUGGGCGCGCUUUCAAACAAACCUUGCACUUCAACGAACUUACAGUUUUCCACUGAGAUCACACCCAGUUUACCGUCUCUGUCGCGCCCGCACGAAAGGAGAAUUGUUCAUCACAAUAGGUUACGAAAUUCAAACAGUGCUCCUUUAUCUUUGAAUCAGAUUCACGAGGAACGCGAAUCGGAUCUUGAAGACAGUCCGGUGAACUCACCGCGAGUUGAACGGACAAGAAAACAUCUCGGGGGAGGGGUGAUCAAAUCUAAAAGGACUACACGCCGCCUAUCCCCAGUGCCCUCAGGAAGUAGCCGGCGCUCUUCUAGUUGCAGUAGUUCGGACGAAGAUGAAAUAGAAAAGCACAUGCGCAGGCUAAAAACUACUUCCGGUUGUAAAUUGAAUACCAGGCGCUCUAACAAUGACGAUGGCAACACGGACGGAGAUAGCGGAGGGGGGACUGGAGUUGGAGGAGGCAAUAGCCUGCGAACCACAUACCCAAUUCCCUCGGUAAAUGGUGCGAAUGGAGAGAAAUCUUCGGGUAAAAAUCCUUCGUCGAAACAGGGGAAUAAUGGGAAAACGAGUUGUUUGAAUGUGAAUAUGGGUGUAUUUGCACCCCUUUGCGAAGAUCUUGAUGUUAUACAGGAGAGUAACAAAGAAAACGUCGAUAGAAAUGUGGAAGAACAGGUGAAUCAAACUAAUGCGGAGAUUCACAACGGAAAGAGAAGUUCACUCAUCGAAGAAUACGGCGUUCUGGCUUCUAAAGGAGAUAUGUCGGAGCAAGCUCGAAGCAACAGCUUUUUAGAGAAAAGAAACAGCGCAUCGAAGUACAUUAAGAAUAACGAUGGGAAUGGGGAAUGCGACAAAAACGAACCCAACUCGCUGGAAGGCGUGGUUAGUAUAGAACUCACAGACAUGAGCCUGCAGUCUAAGGAUACCAAGCGGCUAGUCGACGAAUCCAAGAAAAAUAUGAGUUUGAUUCACAACCCAGCAAUUCAAACGGUGACGAGUAACUGUUGUCAAAUAUUUUGAUCUAUUUUAUUGUAGUUCUCUAUGCAUACGCUUAUGUAGUUCUUAUAUCUAUGUUUUCGGAAAGGGUUUGAUUGCAAUGUCAGCAAAUCUAUUUUGAAUCUGAUGAAUUUUUUUUUGGGGGGGGAGGGAAGAAAGGAUUUUAUUUACUUGUGCAUUUUUUCCUUUUUUUUUUUCUUUUUUUUUCAGUUCCGCGUAUGGUGAUUUAAUGGAAUAUGCAAACGGCGAUGACUUUUCUCUGAAGUGAUUUGAUUUAUCGGUGAAGAUUAAAAAAGUGGCCUCCAUUCUACUAAUAUUGGGGCAAUCUUGCGACGGCAAAUAAUUUUUCAGGUUCUUGUCUUAAAUUCUAAGAAAUAACGUUUCUGGGAGGCAUCUUAUUUCGUAUUCACGUGAGGGUCUUUUCGGCCCAUAAAGCAAACACAAACUGAAAACGUUUUUAUUGAAGUAUAGAUCGACUCUCGAUGGAAGUGAAACUGUUUCUACCGCUGGCUUUAAAGUUCAAUUCUGAAGAGUAUAAGGAAUGAUUUUUAUGGUUUUUGCACAUUUCAUUGCCCCUGUUUAGGUGAACGAAUGCCCGCUGGACGGUGUGGGGGUGCUCAUUAAGUUAAUUUGCCUGAGAAGGCUACAAAUGAAUUAUUUACUUGUUUGUAUUGACUUGAAAUUUAUCUGAUGGAGUCUUAGAAUUGACCUCAAUUUCUCAAAAGGUAGAUUGGUGUACUGUGGUUUUGAUGCAAAACAUUGGAUAAAUUGUUCGCCAUGGUAACAAAGAAAGUGGGUGUCAAUUAAAUUUUUUUAUGUCAACUUCUUUUUUCUUUUCGAUGACAGCGACUUUGUACUUGUAAAUUGCGAGUGAGAUUGGUUUAUCAUUAUUUAAAUGAUCAAUGAAAUUAUCUCCCUUUGGAAAUCACAAUGCCGAGUUGCUUUCGAAGCUGUUCACAUGGUGAUUGAGCUUUCGGAGAAUUUAUUCCGUGCAUUGUAAUGUUGUUCAAAUCUCCUUAUUCAGCUAAUAUUCCUGAGUAAGGUAGUGCGAAAAAAAAGUGCUUCGAGUUUUUUGAGUCUCAAAACAAACUAUAAUAGGGGCUUAUUAUUUUAAAGUGCUCUCAUUGCGUUUGGUUUGUCAACGUAAAUGCGACACCGCAAAGCGAUUUUUGAUGGAGUGAAGAGGUAAUCAAAGACGGCGCUGCUUUUGUCUUGCGAUUCAUUGAUUAGGGAAGAAACCUCUCGCCAUCUUUUCAAAUGUCAAACUAACUUUGACAACUUUGGUUCUAGUUUCUCGAGCCUUAGUUGACCAGCGCUUUUUUACACCCCAAGUAGCUAGCACUUUGUUAGUCAGUUAAACUACAUAAAGAAAACAGCUAAAAGCGUGAAAUAUCUGUUAAAUGACCAGAUUAAUUACGUUUUUAUUCAUAGAAUUAUGUGACGCGAUUCCAUGAAGAAAUGAUUUCCCAUCAAAGUGUAAACCUUUUAAAUUAAUACGCGAGAAAUAUUUAGAGCAAUGCCUUAGUAUAUUCUUUUACCUUUUAAUCUGAAUGACAUCUAUCCAUAUAAAUAUAUAUAUAUGACCAGUAUUUUAAGUUAUUGAACAGCCUUCUCAUAAAAUGGCAUUUAUUGUAUCUAUGAAAUUUAUAACGUGUUAUGAUUAAGUGCCCUUUGGUAAAGACGCAUUUAAACAAAUGUCAUAAAUACAACUGUGGCGUCAGCAUUCUGUUUUUGUCCAUUUGUUGCGUUGUGUGUGUG